AUGGAUUCGAAAGGUGUUGCAGUCUCGGCUUUGAAGAAAGCAGCAAUUUUGGAUAUAAAUAAAGGGCACUUGGACAAAGCCGUUGUAAAACUCCAGAAACUUCUGCAAGUAUGCAAAGCUCGAAAGGAGGAUGCAGCCAGCAAAAGCACGAUCCCCCUCUGGUCCAUGUUGGGCGAAGCCUACAAGAAACAGAACAGUUUACAAUCCGCGGUCAGAGUUUUCAAACAUGUUCUUGAGAUUGAUCCUGAGUCUUUGUUGGGGCACAUCCAGGUAUGAUUAGAUCUGUUAUUCGUAAUGUCUUAGCUGAUGAAUGUAUAUCAAUUGAUGGGGAAAUACGAGGAGUCUUUGGUGGAGGGAAGAUUUAUCAAGUCCUUGAAGCUCCCAGUUCAUCUGCAAGAACAUUUCGAUUUGCAAUAUUCGUAUGUUGUCAGUUUGUUGGCAAAGUCGAAAGAAACCUUUGAAGAAAAGGUUGAGUUGAUAAAGGAGAUAUUCCCUUCUCUUAAUGCAUUACUGAAAAAGGGAAUGAAGUCUGUUUGUCUACUAAAAACUUUGGAAGGGGUUUGUUGGAUAAUCCAAGGGUAAGUAAUGCAGCUCGCUAUGAUGAUUUUAUAGUUUUCAUGGAGAAGCUUUUAUGAAGAGCACCCAGAUCUUAAAUUUGUCUGACUACGGUAUCUCAACUAAGAUUGAUUUGGCUAACAGGAGAUGUGAAUAUCUGAAGUUGAUUUUGGAAAAGAAUAACAAGUUUGCUGACUCUUGGUAUGAUCUGGCCCUAUGUUUACUCGGUCUUUUUGAUUAUACCGGUGAAAAACAACAUCUCGAAAGGUAUCAGCCGAUUUUUUUAAUUGUUUCAUUGUAUUGGUCCGUCUUACAACAGCAACACUUUUAGUUCUGCGAAUUGUAUCAAAGUAGCGAUCAAUUCAAAGUGUUCCAUGCAAAAGAAGUCACAGUAUUACUUAUCCUUGGGAGUAGUAUACUCCAAGUUAUUUAAAUUAAGGAAGGCCUCACACUGUUUUAUUAGAUCAAUCCAGUUGAAUAAAUUGAAUGACAAGGCCUGGUGUGCCCUUUCGUUGAUAUAUCUAAGGUCUGGACAAGUAAGUUUUCAUUGGUAUGGACAUUAUUGUUACAGUAUACCCCUGCAUUCCAAACAAUGCAACUUGCUCAACAAGUCAACCCGGAUUAUAUGAUCACUUGGUUUGCUCAUGUAAGUCUUUGUUGUCUUUACGGUAUCUGUUUCAGGCCCUUCAUGCCGAAUCCACGAAUCAUUAUGAAACAAUGGAUUUAUAUCGCCAUACUAUAUUUCUUUAUCCUCACGUGUGAGAUCAAUUUUAUUUAAGUCUCCUAAACUUUAGAAACUUGCCGUCCAAAAGUACUCAUAUUAUAUAUCGAAGGCGCUGGAAAGCAAGAAAAAAAUUGAUCAGCAUACGAUGAUUGAUUGUAAAAAAGUGCUGAGUUUGUGUGGUAAGUCGGAUUUUGAUUCAGUAUUAACAGUCUUAGAUUUCGCCAUUAUGAAUCCCCGGUCCUUAUUGGCGAUCGUCUUCCUCGCUGAGAGAUUCUGGUAUUUGGAACAAGCUUUUAGACGAAUAUCCUCCAUCCAAGAUUAUCCCAUGGCACAGAAACACAUUGGUCGAAUUACAGUGUAAGUUUAAUCUUUUUACAGGGUGCAGCAGUUUGAUUUGAAUUGGCUAUAACAUUUGGCCAAAAAAUAAAAAGGUUACAGCCAAUUCAAAUCCGGCCGAAAAAAGAAAAAAUUGCCGCACCCUGUAGAUCAUUUAUUCCUUUAGGAAGGCCACUAUGGGAGAAAGUAAUGAUGCUGCGGGCAGCAAACUAUCAAAUCUAGCAGCGCUGUACAAAACAAACAUCGAUGAUAUGUUGGGUAAGUUGAUGUGAAAUGGGUGGAAAGAAGACUUACUUCAGAAACGAUUAAAUUGAUCCCAAACGUCGGAAAGCUAGUCCAGGCCACCAAAGCAGGUGAUGUCGAAGAGUUUUCUGAAGUAUUCGUCCCCGAAUUUUAUCCUCUGGUUGUAUGUCUCUUCUUAUUAUAUGGAUUUGUAAGUGUCAUCCGUGCGUGUCAUCAUGACUCGAUAUUUAGGAAGUCACCGAUGGUCUGAAACAAGCUUUGAAAAGCAAAAGGCCACUUCAUUCGCUGGCAGACAUUUACCCAGAAGGUUUAAGAAGCAUAGAGGAACUUAAUUUCCAGAAGGAAGAGGGAAUCGUCGUCACCGAAGACAAUCUGACUACUGUAAGUAAUAUAAUUUAUUUAAUUUCACAGUUCAGAGGUUGUAUGCGUUGUUAAAAAGACGAGCGGAGAGUCUGUCUAGCGUGGAGUCAUGA